CUAAAUAAUUGAGCCACUGCUGCCUAUAUAAAGCUCCUUCCUUGUGCAUUCCUCUCAAUAAGCUAGCUAUUGAGAAUUUGAGAUCACACAUCUUCUCCAACCCACAUUCAGAUCUCAAAAAGAAGAAUAUGAAGCAGAAGAUGGUGAUCAAAGUAGAGAUAAGGUCCGACAAAUGCCGCACCAAAGCCAUGACAGUUGUUGCUUCAGUAGUUGGGGUGGUUUCGGUGGGACUGCAAGGGGAGAAGAAGGACGAGCUCGUGCUGGUUGGAGAUGGAGUUGAUCCUGCUAACUUAACGAGAUGUUUGAGGAAAAGAGUUGGUCAUGCUGAUAUUGUUAAGCUGGAGGAAGUGAAAUAGCUAGGAGGAAACAGAAUCAUCAAUCAAUUGUUCCUUCCAACUUGUGUGUGAUACGUAUGCUUUUUGUGGGUCAUGGUAUUUAUUAGGUUCCUUUUUUUCCUUUGUAUGUGUGGAAGUUUAGAAUUUUCCUUUGAAAUUAUUUGAUAAAUAAUGUGUUACGUUUUUGACGAAAUAACAAUCUGUUUCAUAUUAAGAAUCUA